UAGCAGCAGCCGCUCCUUUUCCUCCUCCUCCUUCUCCUCCUCCUGCUGGUGCUGCUGGCGGACGUCCGGCAGCCGCCAUGGCGCUGGCAGAGGCGGGUGUCUGCGGGCGGCUGCUGCUCUGGCCCCGCAUCGUCCUUUUUGGAGACUCCAUCACUGAGUUUUCCUUCCAGGAACAUGGCUGGGGGGCAUUCCUUGCUGAGAGACUUGUCAGAAAAUGUGAUGUUGUAAAUCGGGGACUCUCGGGGUACAAUACCAGAUGGGCUAAAGUGAUCCUUCCAAGACUGAUCAGUAAAAGUUCUGGUGCUGAGAGUACCGUUGCAGUUACGAUUUUCUUUGGCGCUAAUGACAGCGCUUUGAAAGAUCUGAACCCUAAGCAGCACGUUCCUUUGGAGGAAUACGCUGCGAACUUACAGAGCAUGGUGCAGUAUCUGAAGUCCAUAGACAUUGCUGAGGACAGGAUCAUUCUGAUAACGCCGCCCCCUCUUCAGGAAUCAGCGUGGGAAAAGGAGUGCCUUGCCAAAGGUGACAAGCUAAAUCGCCGCAAUGCCACCACGGGGGAGUACGCCCAGGCCUGUGUGCAGGUAGCCAGGGACUGCGGGACUGACGUGCUCGACCUGUGGACACUGAUGCAAAAAAAUCAGGAUUUCUCUUCCUAUUUGUCUGACGGGCUUCACCUGUCAGCCAAAGGAAACAGCUUUCUAGCGGCACAGCUUUGGAAACGCCUGGAAAAUAAACUGUCUGCGCUGCCCUCGUUGCUUCCUUACUGGCGGGAGGUGGACCACCUGCACCCCGAGGCCAGCCUGCUGUGAGGACGUGAUGCAGGAGCCGCAGGAGCCAAGCCUGCUGACGGACAGCCGGUGCCAGCAGUGUGCUGCAGACGUAAGAAUAAAGAUGAGACCGGCGGGUGUGUCGGGGGUGGUUUGUCUGCGUGCAUCCCGUGCCAACAGGCUGGAAAGGUCUGGUGAUAAACUCCGUAGAAGAGCUGGGGGGAAACUGCGCUGAGCUGCCCUGUGACUGCAGGAAGGAAAGAGGCUGCCCUGCGGGUGGCCUGCCCUAGCUCCAGGGCGAUGGAUGCGGUCUGUCACUUUUAACCACCCAGAUGCUGGUAUGUAGCAGCAGCAUAGAUUUUUUUUUUUUUUUUGUCAAGAACAAUUCAUGGCUGGUGUGUUUGGCUGUAAUGAAGCAGUAAAAGCCGUUAUCUGCGCGUUGG